AAAAAGAAAAAAAAAAUCGGGAAAACUUUGACCCACAAAAACCCUAAUGCCGCAACCCAUCCACCGUACCUCUUAUAUGAAUAUAAACCAAAAGUUUUGAGGUUCGAGUACGGCGGGUCUUCGGAAGUAAGCUCGGAAUCCUAUUACCGUUUACAGGAACUAAGAAGAUAUGGCGGUGCCGUUGCUGACGAAGAAGAUUGUUAAGAAGAGGGUUAAGCAGUUCAAGAGACCCCAGAGCGACCGCAAGAUCUCUGUCAAAACAAACUGGCGUAGACCAAAGGGUAUUGAUUCUCGUGUUCGAAGGAAGUUCAAAGGAUGCACUUUGAUGCCAAACAUUGGUUAUGGUACUGACAAGAAAACCCGUCACUAUCUUCCAAAUGGAUUCAAGAAGUUCGUUGUGCACAAUGUCACAGAGCUUGAACUGUUGAUGAUGCACAAUAGGACUUACUGUGCUGAGAUUGCACACGAUGUGUCCACAAGAAAAAGGAAGGAGAUUGUGGAGAGAGCUGCCCAGCUCGAUGUAGUUGUCACCAACAAGCUUGCUAGGUUGCGCAGCCAGGAGGAUGAAUGAGCCUAGGUCCUCUUUUUGUCUUAUUAGUGAUGUCUUUUUAUUACCCUCUCUUGCGAACUAGCAACAUUAACUUUUGCGGUAUUUCUAUUCUACCUGAUGUCUUUUACUUAACUAAGGAUUUCUAAUUCCAUUGUCAUUUUUGGUUAGCCCAACAGGCGGAUCAGCUUGAUUGCUCUUAUUUUGGCAGUUUCCUUUUCUAGUCUGAGAUUCGUUAGGCUAGAGUGCUUUUUAGACAGAGUAGUAGUCUGCUGAUCCCUCUUCUCUCUUCCUUAAUUUUGACAGAAAACGCUUUUGUUCCUAAAAAAAAUUCUUGGAAGCAACAA